CAUAUGGCAGAUGGCAGAUGAUUGUAUUUGUGUAUUAAAAAAUUAUGUAUACAAGACAGUCAAUAAACUGCGAUACUCGUGAUCAAAAUAGGGUGGAUCUUUUGUAGUUAGGAAAAAAAGUCCAACAAUAGAUAAGAAGCAGUUGGAAAAAUUAGAAAUUUCGUGGAAAUGGCUUCGCAGCGGGUUCAAUCUUGACGGAGAACAGAUCAAUUAAAAAACAGAACGAUGUCACUGGAUGAUGGAUUCGAGAGACCGUUUGAAAUUUUGGAGCCACCACAAUGGGGUGCGCUUAGGGAGCUUUGUCGAGCAAAUACUGAAUACUUUUCCUCCCAUCAAGAUGAGAAUGGUCUAAGAAUCACAGCUGCGCUACACGUUAUUUCCGAUUACAUGACAGAGUUACGUCCAUUGUACAAAGAAGUUGGUAAAAUUGCACCUCUGUACGACUUUGACGAAUCCACUCCAGGCAAUGGUUAUCGAAGUUUCCUUAUCCUGGUUGAUAAAUGUAUUUUACAUUGCGGCAGCAUCUGUCGACAGAUUUAUGCGCAAAGAGAAUCUAUGCUAUUCCGAAAAGCGCAUUACAUGAGGGAAAUUGAAGCGUGCUCUCAGCUUUUGACAUCGUUGUGCACCUGCUUGCAUCAUUUGAAGACACUGCGCUCAUGGAGCGAAGAAACAUUUGAUGGGAAACCAUCUCUUUUCGCCUCAAAUGAGCACAGCCCUCAAGAACUUUUGAAUAAAGCAGAGAACAUCAAUCAGUAUUGUUUUUACGGUAGAUGUUUAGGAUUUCAGUUCUGCGACGAUUUAAAGAGUCUCCUGAAGUUUUUCUCAGCGGGUAUGGCUUCUUUCAGUGAAACUUAUUAUACAAAUGGCACUGUACUGGGCAGAUGUACAAAUUUCGUCAAAUAUUUUCUCGAUCCCGAAAUAAAAGCUCGUCGAAUUGUUAAUAUUUCUCAACGAGCGGAUAUUCAAUUUUGUCAAGCUUUUUGGGAGCUCAAUGAAUCGAAUCUCUUACUAAUGUAUCCGGCCAUUGUGCAAUCAGCAUUGCCAAUAAAUCAGAUGAUUUCUGUACCCCCUGAAGAACUUAAUUUACCAACGAUUGGGGGUACAACCGUUAAUGUACCAAUUCCUUCUAGUCAUGUGGGCAAAAAACCCAUACAUGUGAGAUUGUUAAGUUCCAAACAUCGUGUAGGAAUGGUGGGUUCAGCAAGAGUGGGUGGUGAUUUAUUGGGAGCAUCCGACAUUCUGAUAGUUCAUUGUCACGGCGGUGGAUUCGUCGCCCAAACCUCAAAAUCUCAUGAAGUUUAUUUAAAAAAAUGGGCUUUUUCAUUAGACGUACCUUUAUUAUCGAUCGACUAUAGUCACGCACCAGAGGCUCCUUUCCCACGUGCUCUCGAAGAAGUCGUUUACGCCUACGGCUGGGCACUCAAACAUUCCACGACUCUGCUUGGCACUACUGCUAAAAAAGUCAUUUUUAUUGGUGAUUCGGCUGGUGCCAAUUUAUUACUAGCGGCAACAAUAAGAUGCUUCGAAUUGGAUAUUAAGAAGCCUGAUGGUAUAUUCAUGGCCUACACACCAGUUUGGGUAGAAUUCAUACCCUCCCCCUCUCGAUUACUCUGUCUUGCUGACCCGUUAUUGCCUUUUGGUUUUAUGAUGAGAUGUUUGAAGGCUUACGCUGCAGCUGACCUUACGAAAAAUCAGAGUCGUGAAAAGGGUCAAGAAAUUGAGGAUGGAAUAAAGUCAGACACAGAAUCUUUCGCCGAAGUGAGCGAGAGCGAUCUUAUUGCUCUUGCCUUGAGUCCAAGCGGUGAUGAAGCUAAUGAGAAUCGUUUGGGUUCCAUGGAUUCGGAUUUAACUUUGAAUUCCGUCAGUUUGGUUGACGCUGAUGGAAUUCCAGUGAGUGAAGCGCAGAAAGAAACGACGUCUCAGGAGUACAUCAGGAAAUUCGUUGACAUGUACAAAAACGUUGGGUUUGGCUCAUCCGCCUCAUCAGCAAAUGGUGCACCAAUCAGGGAUUCGAAUAGCUCUGAUGGUGAAAAAUCAUGGUCAGUUUUUGGUUGGUCUCUCAGCGGUUCGGAAAGAAGAGAAUCUCGACAACUCGAUACCGAUGGGAUUCGAAAUCCUUCGGAUGAAUUUGUCUUUAGUGUUCCUAGAGACCCACUCCUGAGCCCUUUUUUAACUCCCGAUAACGUUCUCGCUCGUUUUCCCCCCGUUAGAAUCGUGAGUAUGGAGGCCGAUCCUUGCUUGGACGACUGCGUCAUGUUUGCACGAAAAUUGAGAUCUCUUGGAGUCAAUGUCUCGCUGAAUAUUCUUGAAGGAUUGCCACAUGGAUUUCUCAAUCUUAUUCUGAUGUCAAAAGAAGCCAGCGAUGGUGCAGAUUUGUGUUGCAAAAAGAUCCAAGAAUUGAUAAAUCUCACAUAAAUUGUGUUCAAAAUUUGAA